CGAGUUUCGAGCCUUCGCCCUUAUAUCAACCCUCUCCUCGCCACUCGAACAGCCGCCGCACGAUGUCGAGGUAACCAAGCGGUUCCUGGCACGACUUCGUUUACAUUCACCAUGGCGUCCAAACCGGACACCGAUGUCACUUUGAAGGGUCAAAAUCAUGAUCGGAUAGAGGCGUACGGUCUCAUCCCUGAAGAUGGUCGUGAGGAUAUGGAUGUCGAGCCUUCUAUGAUGCAAAAGAUGCUUUCAGCGACGUCUGGAAGUAUUCUCACCUCUUUGUUGGUCACACCGCUCGACGUUGUCCGUGUUCGACUUCAGUCACAGUCACACCCUCAACUUUCUCCAGCGCUAUCUCGAUCUCCGCCGACGUUCAUAAAUCUGCCUCCGAACUUAGGAAUAUCGACUUGUUGCCGUGAGGUCUUCUGGAUGAAUAAUAACGCAUCAUUUUGCAUCGCUUCGGCCCCGAGCAUGUCUGUCAUUACCACUACGGCAUCGACAAAGCAAAGACCCUCCAAUUUGAUAAACUGUGCUGCUGAAGAGGCACAGGCUAGAAGAUUCACGAGUACAUGGGAUGGGCUGAAGAAGAUUGCUCGCAAUGAAGGAGUCACUACACUCUGGCGGGGACUAAGUCCAACCCUGGUGAUGGCGAUACCGGCGAAUGUCAUCUAUUUUGCAGGGUACGACUGGCUGAGGUGGAACCAGUCGAGCCCUUUUCGAAGAAUUCAAAUGAACGACGAUCAUAUUCCUCUUGUGGCUGGUUCUGCCGCUCGUGUACUCGCUGCGUUUGCAGUGAGUCCCAUUGAAAUGUUUAGAACGAGAAUGCAAGCAGCGAGCACUGAAAAAAAGUCGAGCCAUGUGUUCAGGGAGACCAUGAUGGGCAUGCGCAACAUGAUUGCCAAUCGAGGUUUUCGAAGCAUGUGGACGGGUCUGAGCCUCACGCUUUGGCGUGACGUACCUUUUAGCGCAAUAUACUGGUGGGGCUACGAGUAUGUUCGAAAUGCUCUCAUCGACUUCAGAGAAGGGAGAAGGGGUCGCGAGCGAAUAGCACAUCAUCAGAACGCUAUUGAAAUGCGUUCCAAAUCACGAAGCCAGGAAAAUCACGCGAACACUCUUGUUGACUCCUUUAUUGCCGGUGCUAGUUCAGGAGCAGUGGCAGCUUUUGUCACCACGCCGUUUGAUGUUGGAAAGACCAGACAACAAGUGGUACGGCAUGCCAAAUUAAGCGGCUCGGAACAGGCCAGGAAACUUCCUGAAGAGCAGCGGAUGAUCAAAUUUUUGUGGACAAUAUUCAAGGAGCAAGGGUGGAAUGGCUUGUUCAGAGGGUGGGCUGCUCGAUGCCUCAAGAUUGCGCCAGCUUGUGCCAUUAUGAUCAGUAGCUACGAGCUUGGGAAAAAGAUGGCAACUACUUACGACGGUCGGCUAGAGCGACAGAGGAACGCAUAAAUCAUUUUCACUUUCUCUUUCUUUUAUUGAUGGAAGAUAUACCCUUAAGACUUGCUCAAGGUCCUGAAUUCUGUAUAUAUUGUGGCUAACCUUGUGUUGAAGGCAAUCGGGUUGUAACAUAGAGAUUUCAUUUUGCCGUUGAAGACUUUUUUGGGUGUGCAGGAUGUCACUACUGUCUUGAUGUACGACACAAAUAUCACGAACCCCUCUCACUACAUA